ACCACGUGUCAACUUCGGAGUACGGCGCUAUUCUAGUCACUGAUCUGAUGGAAAAGUAUCCCAAAUAUCACGUGAUACCAGUGAAGAAUGAAUCUAAACCAAUCACAGUGAUGCAUCGUUUGACGCCUAUACAGAUGUUAGAUAUGGAUGAAAAGAACCAGAUAAUUACAAUUAAAUGUUGGUUGGGUCAGUCUUGGUUUGACGAAUAUUUACAAUGGGAUCCACGAGUAUACGGUGGCAUAACGCAGAUACAUGUAAAUAUCCGAGAAAUAUGGCAGCCUGAUAUUGUACUCUUUGGCAGCAUUGAGAAAGAAUUCAAACGUCAUUACGACACCGAUGCUAUCGUUGCAUACAACGGAGAAGUAACGGCGCUCCAGCCAUUCACACUUGAAGCUUCGUGUGAUAUUGAUGUGUCCUACUUCCCGUUCGAUAAACAACAGUGUUCACUCAAAUUUGCCUCCUGGAGUUACGAUAGUAAAUUCCUGGACAUUGAACCUGAUCCGAUGAGCAACACUGACAGGUUCGUGAUGAACGGCGAGUGGGACUUAGUACACAUGCCUAUAUCACGUAAUCUCAUUCACUAUGUGUGCUGUCCAGACCCCUUUCCGGAUAUUACAUAUACAAUCCACAUUAAGAGGCGUUCCAUGUACUAUGUGUGUAAUAUAAUCUUCCCGUCAUUCCUUGCGUGUAUAUUAGUGGCUGUUGGUUUCUAUUUACCUUCGGACUCUGGUGAGAGGAUUACUCUGUGCGUUGCCACCAUCCUAGCACAGUUCCUGUUUCUAACCAUCGUCACCGAUUUUAUGCCACCAAAUUCGGAAUUCAUACCAAAACUUCAAAUCUAUUUCUUCAUCUUGAUUGGAUUAGUUAUAUUUUCGGCAGUCAUGACGGGGUGCACGCUACACAUGCACUACAAAGGUUCCCAUUGCGAAGAAGUGCCCCUUUGGUUACGAAAUUUUGCAUACAAUUAUCUGAAGAAGAUCACGUGUUCAGACAUACAAAAGAAGAAAACUUCCAAUCAGAACAUGUCCGUGAAUGGAGUGCAGCCGAUGAACCAAGCAAAUAAUUCAAUCGACCACUGCUAUGAAAAACAAGACGGCGAUAAUGUAAAGGAAUCGCAUGUACGUGACACACGUUUGCAAGAAUGGCGAGAUAUCGCUAAAAUAAUAGACAGGGCAUAUCUGAUCGUGUUCUGUUUUGUACUAUUUGCCGUGUUGACAGGCUUCCUGGUUGCACUCUAUGUAUGCGCAAGUGAGAACAAUUCAGAGAUACCGUAG